ACCUGGAUGCAAACGGAAAACCCAUUGCCCGAAACAAUGCUGGAAGGCCUAUUGACCCCGCAGGAAACGAGCUGCCAAAAAAUGAGAAAGGAGAACUUGUCUACCCAUUCGUUGAUGACGAGGGAGCCGUUCUCGUCACACCACCAGUGUUUACAGUUGUAGAUUCCAAUCAAAAUGAGUUACAAAGAGAUGAUAAAGGGUGGAUAAUUGAUACCGAAGGAAAUCGUUUUGAGACAGAUGAAUGGGGCAGACCAAUUGAAACCGAAAAGACUCAAGUGAAAACUGACGAAGACGGAAAGAUUGUAGUCUCAGUCAAUGAAGAACCAGUGAUUAUCGAAGUCCCAUCAGAAGAACCUGCCGAAACAAUGCCACCUUUGAUAAUUAUUGAUGGUGAUCCAGUUACAGAAGAAGACGGGCUAUUUUGGGGACCCGACGGUGAAAGAAUCGACACCAACGAUGAUGGGGUUCCAGUUGAUCAAGAGGGCAAGCCUCUGGAAAAAAAUCAACAAGGACAGUUUGUUAUCAAAAAAACCACGACAACUACUCAGAUGCCUCUCCAGAUUAUCUUUGAAAAUGGAGAACCUUUGCCAACUGAUGAAAUGGGAAACUUUCUCACCCAAGAAGGAGAAAUAUUUCCAUCCGAUGAAGAACGCCGUCCUAUUGACAUCGAGGGUGCUGUCUUACCAACAAACGGUGAGGGCCAAUACGUGCUAGUUGAAAAGACAAGGUACACAACAACUGCUCAAUAUCCAUACCAGAUCGUCAACCAGCAUGGAUCUACUUUGCCUGUUAAUCAAGAUGGUCACUUUGAAGACAACAAUGGCCAAAUUAUUGAGAUCAAUGCAGAUGGAUUGCCAAUAGACAUUGAAAACAACAUUUUACCGACCGACAACGUUGGCAGCUUUAUCUGGUAUGAAAGACCUAAACUAGUUGAUACAACUCAAGAAACUCAAGGGCCGAAGCCAACCGAUGAGCACGGCAAUCAAAUCACUCCCGUGCACCGUCCUGAUGGGCAGUUGCUGCCUACCGACUCGACUGGACAUCAUGUAUCCGACAGCGGCGAGGUGAUCACACAAAAUGAUCAAGGCGAGCCAAUUGGAACAGAUGGUGAGGUUCUGCCAACUGAUGCCACCGGAAAGUACAUCUACAUUGAGCCGAGCACCGAGGAGCCAACCGAGGAGCCAACACCACUUACGAUCAUUGUCGGCCCUGAUGGAACACCGCUACCCACUGAUGCAAGUGGAGCGACCGUUGAUGCUCAGGGAGAGCCAAUUCCAACAAAUCUUCAGGGACAACCGGUCGAUGUCGAGGGCCAAGUGCUUUCCACCGAUGAUAGUGGUCGAUUCGUCUAUAUACCAACUGCUGAGCCCACCACUACUACUGAAGCCGCACCAACCGAGCCACCAACGCCAACUGAUCAAUAUGGAAACUCGAUCGCUCCUGUGCACCGCCCCGAUGGACAGUUGCUGCCCACCGACUCCACUGGACACCAUGUAGCUGACAACGGCGAAGUGGUCACGCAAAACGACCAAGGCGAGCCAAUUGGAGCCGAUGGUGAAGUUCUGCCAACUGAUGCCACCGGAAAGUACAUCUACAUUGAGCCGAGCACCGAGGAGCCAACACCAAUCAUCGUUGUUGUGGGUCCUGAUGGAACACCACUGCCUACUGAUGCAAGCGGAAGACACGUUGGACCAGACGGUGAACCCGUGCCAACCAACGCCGAUGGAUUGCCCGUUGAUCCCAGUGGUGAACUUCUGCCGACUGACAGCGAGGGACGACAUGUCUUCAUUGGAACUGCCGAACCCGAAGUGACAAGCAAGGUGUUGCCCACCGAUGAGACGGGUAGAACGCGAAUCCCAGUUGUUUGGCCUGAUGGAACGCCACUCGCUACGGAUUCCACUGGCGAAUACAUCCUUGACGACGGCACUCCAAUUUCACGUGACGACGAGGGCAAGCCUAUUGGAUUUGAUGGAGAGGUUCUGCCAACCGACAACUCCGGUCAAUGGGUGCUUGUUACCCCAGAACCAGAACCCGAAACCACGACAGCUACGAAACAAAUCAUUGUCGUUGUGGGACCAGACCAGACUCCAUUGCCGACGGAUGCAUCAGGAGCUCCGCUUGAUCCAGAGGGACGACCAUUGGUCACCGAUGACGAAGGGCGCCCGCUUUCUCCAGCUGGCGAGGUGCUGCCAACUGAUGGCGAGGGGCGCUAUGUGUUUGUGCCCACUGAGCCAACAGCUCUGCCAACGCAUGAACUGCCGACUGAAAGAACGGCGAUCGUUCGUGAAGAUGAUGGUUCCCUCUUGCCAACAAUCGAAAGCGGUCAAUUCAUCGCCGAUGACGGCUCGAUCAUUAAGGAAAACGAUGAAGGCAAACCCAUUGGCCCCGAUGAUCAAGUUCUAGCCAUAAACGAACGUGGCGAGUACGUAUGGCCCACCACCAAGCCGGAUAUCGUGCUGCCAGACACAUCAACCACAACAGUUAUUCAAGUGGUCGGACCCGAUGGAACACCUCUGCCCACAGAUUCAAGUGGAGCCGUGGUUGAUGCGGAAGGAGAAACUAUUCCAACAAACGUUGCCGGACAACCAGUCGAUGCCGAGGGGCAAGUGCUUCCCACCGAUGAUAGUGGUCGAUUUGUCUACAUACCAAUUGCUGAGCCCACGACAACUCAAGAAACGAAGCCAACCGAUGAGCACGGCAAUCAAAUCACUCCCGUGCACCGUCCUGAUGGACAGUUGCUGCCUACCGACUCGACUGGACAUCAUGUAUCCGACAGCGGCGAGGUGAUCACACAAAAUGAUCAAGGCGAGCCAAUUGGAACAGAUGGUGAGGUUCUGCCAACUGAUGCCACCGGAAAGUACAUCUACAUUGAGCCGAGCACCGAGGAGCCAACCGAGGAGCCAACACCACUUACGAUCAUUGUCGGCCCUGAUGGAACACCGCUACCCACUGAUGCAAGUGGAGCGACCGUUGAUGCUCAGGGAGAGCCAAUUCCAACAAAUCUUCAGGGACAACCGGUCGAUGUCGAGGGCCAAGUGCUUUCCACCGAUGAUAGUGGUCGAUUCGUCUAUAUACCAACUGCUGAGCCCACCACUACUACUGAAGCCGCACCAACCGAGCCACCAACGCCAACUGAUCAAUAUGGAAACUCGAUCGCUCCUGUGCACCGCCCCGAUGGACAGUUGCUGCCCACCGACUCCACUGGACACCAUGUAGCUGACAACGGCGAAGUGGUCACGCAAAACGACCAAGGCGAGCCAAUUGGAGCCGAUGGUGAAGUUCUGCCAACUGAUGCCACCGGAAAGUACAUCUACAUUGAGCCGAGCACCGAGGAGCCAACACCAAUCAUCGUUGUUGUGGGUCCUGAUGGAACACCACUGCCUACUGAUGCAAGCGGAAGACACGUUGGACCAGACGGUGAACCCGUGCCAACCAACGCCGAUGGAUUGCCCGUUGAUCCCAGUGGUGAACUUCUGCCGACUGACAGCGAGGGACGACAUGUCUUCAUUGGAACUGCCGAACCCGAAGUGACAAGCAAGGUGUUGCCCACCGAUGAGACGGGUAGAACGCGAAUCCCAGUUGUUUGGCCUGAUGGAACGCCACUCGCUACGGAUUCCACUGGCGAAUACAUCCUUGACGACGGCACUCCAAUUUCACGUGACGACGAGGGCAAGCCUAUUGGAUUUGAUGGAGAGGUUCUGCCAACCGACAACUCCGGUCAAUGGGUGCUUGUUACCCCAGAACCAGAACCCGAAACCACGACAGCUACGAAACAAAUCAUUGUCGUUGUGGGACCAGACCAGACUCCAUUGCCGACGGAUGCAUCAGGAGCUCCGCUUGAUCCAGAGGGACGACCAUUGGUCACCGAUGACGAAGGGCGCCCGCUUUCUCCAGCUGGCGAGGUGCUGCCAACUGAUGGCGAGGGGCGCUAUGUGUUUGUGCCCACUGAGCCAACAGCUCUGCCAACGCAUGAACUGCCGACUGAAAGAACGGCGAUCGUUCGUGAAGAUGAUGGUUCCCUCUUGCCAACAAUCGAAAGCGGUCAAUUCAUCGCCGAUGACGGCUCGAUCAUUAAGGAAAACGAUGAAGGCAAACCCAUUGGCCCCGAUGAUCAAGUUCUAGCCAUAAACGAACGUGGCGAGUACGUAUGGCCCACCACCAAGCCGGAUAUCGUGCUGCCAGACACAUCAACCACAACAGUUAUUCAAGUGGUCGGACCCGAUGGAACACCUCUGCCCACAGAUUCAAGUGGAGCCGUGGUUGAUGCGGAAGGAGAAACUAUUCCAACAAACGUUGCCGGACAACCAGUCGAUGCCGAGGGGCAAGUGCUUCCCACCGAUGAUAGUGGUCGAUUUGUCUACAUACCAAUUGCUGAGCCCACGACAACUCAAGAAACGAAGCCAACCGAUGAGCACGGCAAUCAAAUCACUCCCGUGCACCGUCCUGAUGGACAGUUGCUGCCUACCGACUCGACUGGACAUCAUGUAUCCGACAGCGGCGAGGUGAUCACACAAAAUGAUCAAGGCGAGCCAAUUGGAACAGAUGGUGAGGUUCUGCCAACUGAUGCCACCGGAAAGUACAUCUACAUUGAGCCGAGCACCGAGGAGCCAACCGAGGAGCCAACACCACUUACGAUCAUUGUCGGCCCUGAUGGAACACCGCUACCCACUGAUGCAAGUGGAGCGACCGUUGAUGCUCAGGGAGAGCCAAUUCCAACAAAUCUUCAGGGACAACCGGUCGAUGUCGAGGGCCAAGUGCUUUCCACCGAUGAUAGUGGUCGAUUCGUCUAUAUACCAACUGCUGAGCCCACCACUACUACUGAAGCCGCACCAACCGAGCCACCAACGCCAACUGAUCAAUAUGGAAACUCGAUCGCUCCUGUGCACCGCCCCGAUGGACAGUUGCUGCCCACCGACUCCACUGGACACCAUGUAGCUGACAACGGCGAAGUGGUCACGCAAAACGACCAAGGCGAGCCAAUUGGAGCCGAUGGUGAAGUUCUGCCAACUGAUGCCACCGGAAAGUACAUCUACAUUGAGCCGAGCACCGAGGAGCCAACACCAAUCAUCGUUGUUGUGGGUCCUGAUGGAACACCACUGCCUACUGAUGCAAGCGGAAGACACGUUGGACCAGACGGUGAACCCGUGCCAACCAACGCCGAUGGAUUGCCCGUUGAUCCCAGUGGUGAACUUCUGCCGACUGACAGCGAGGGACGACAUGUCUUCAUUGGAACUGCCGAACCCGAAGUGACAAGCAAGGUGUUGCCCACCGAUGAGACGGGUAGAACGCGAAUCCCAGUUGUUUGGCCUGAUGGAACGCCACUCGCUACGGAUUCCACUGGCGAAUACAUCCUUGACGACGGCACUCCAAUUUCACGUGACGACGAGGGCAAGCCUAUUGGAUUUGAUGGAGAGGUUCUGCCAACCGACAACUCCGGUCAAUGGGUGCUUGUUACCCCAGAACCAGAACCCGAAACCACGACAGCUACGAAACAAAUCAUUGUCGUUGUGGGACCAGACCAGACUCCAUUGCCGACGGAUGCAUCAGGAGCUCCGCUUGAUCCAGAGGGACGACCAUUGGUCACCGAUGACGAAGGGCGCCCGCUUUCUCCAGCUGGCGAGGUGCUGCCAACUGAUGGCGAGGGGCGCUAUGUGUUUGUGCCCACUGAGCCAACAGCUCUGCCAACGCAUGAACUGCCGACUGAAAGAACGGCGAUCGUUCGUGAAGAUGAUGGUUCCCUCUUGCCAACAAUCGAAAGCGGUCAAUUCAUCGCCGAUGACGGCUCGAUCAUUAAGGAAAACGAUGAAGGCAAACCCAUUGGCCCCGAUGAUCAAGUUCUAGCCAUAAACGAACGUGGCGAGUACGUAUGGCCCACCACCAAGCCGGAUAUCGUGCUGCCAGACACAUCAACCACAACAGUUAUUCAAGUGGUCGGACCCGAUGGAACACCUCUGCCCACAGAUUCAAGUGGAGCCGUGGUUGAUGCGGAAGGAGAAACUAUUCCAACAAACGUUGCCGGACAACCAGUCGAUGCCGAGGGGCAAGUGCUUCCCACCGAUGAUAGUGGUCGAUUUGUCUACAUACCAAUUGCUGAGCCCACGACAACUCAAGAAACGAAGCCAACCGAUGAGCACGGCAAUCAAAUCACUCCCGUGCACCGUCCUGAUGGACAGUUGCUGCCUACCGACUCGACUGGACAUCAUGUAUCCGACAGCGGCGAGGUGAUCACACAAAAUGAUCAAGGCGAGCCAAUUGGAACAGAUGGUGAGGUUCUGCCAACUGAUGCCACCGGAAAGUACAUCUACAUUGAGCCGAGCACCGAGGAGCCAACCGAGGAGCCAACACCACUUACGAUCAUUGUCGGCCCUGAUGGAACACCGCUACCCACUGAUGCAAGUGGAGCGACCGUUGAUGCUCAGGGAGAGCCAAUUCCAACAAAUCUUCAGGGACAACCGGUCGAUGUCGAGGGCCAAGUGCUUUCCACCGAUGAUAGUGGUCGAUUCGUCUAUAUACCAACUGCUGAGCCCACCACUACUACUGAAGCCGCACCAACCGAGCCACCAACGCCAACUGAUCAAUAUGGAAACUCGAUCGCUCCUGUGCACCGCCCCGAUGGACAGUUGCUGCCCACCGACUCCACUGGACACCAUGUAGCUGACAACGGCGAAGUGGUCACGCAAAACGACCAAGGCGAGCCAAUUGGAGCCGAUGGUGAAGUUCUGCCAACUGAUGCCACCGGAAAGUACAUCUACAUUGAGCCGAGCACCGAGGAGCCAACACCAAUCAUCGUUGUUGUGGGUCCUGAUGGAACACCACUGCCUACUGAUGCAAGCGGAAGACACGUUGGACCAGACGGUGAACCCGUGCCAACCAACGCCGAUGGAUUGCCCGUUGAUCCCAGUGGUGAACUUCUGCCGACUGACAGCGAGGGACGACAUGUCUUCAUUGGAACUGCCGAACCCGAAGUGACAAGCAAGAUUCGAUCAGCGUACCUGUCCCGUUGGGCGGCUAUCCAGAGCAAGGUCAUUUCAUGGAGUCUCUGGUCGGAAUUCAAUCGAGCGCCACUCUUAUAUCCUUUGCCAAUCAAAGCAGUCGUUUCCUCGGCAAUUCAACAAUUAGAGGAAAACGGACUUCCUACAGCUUCCUCGACGACAAAUAUUCUUGUCUUGUUAUCAACACAAAAACAAAGUGUCGACCAGGCUGGGAACAUGGACGUAUUGCUAAUCGAUUUGGAGUCUGAUAGCCUUGAUAUCAAACAACGCAUUGUAUCAAGCUGUGAAAAUGGUGAGAUCGGCGUCAGAGAAGGGCAGCCGAAAUCCGUAAGCCAAGCUACAACACCAGUCACAAUCAUCGUCGGACCCGAUGGAACACCUCUGCCCACAGAUUCAAGUGGAGCCGUGGUUGAUGCGGAAGGAGAAACUAUUCCAACAAACGUUGCCGGACAACCAGUCGAUGCCGAGGGGCAAGUGCUUCCCACCGAUGAUAGUGGUCGAUUUGUCUACAUACCAAUUGCUGAGCCCACGACAACUCAAGAAACGAAGCCAACCGAUGAGCACGGCAAUCAAAUCACUCCCGUGCACCGUCCUGAUGGACAGUUGCUGCCUACCGACUCGACUGGACAUCAUGUAUCCGACAGCGGCGAGGUGAUCACACAAAAUGAUCAAGGCGAGCCAAUUGGAACAGAUGGUGAGGUUCUGCCAACUGAUGCCACCGGAAAGUACAUCUACAUUGAGCCGAGCACCGAGGAGCCAACCGAGGAGCCAACACCACUUACGAUCAUUGUCGGCCCUGAUGGAACACCGCUACCCACUGAUGCAAGUGGAGCGACCGUUGAUGCUCAGGGAGAGCCAAUUCCAACAAAUCUUCAGGGACAACCGGUCGAUGUCGAGGGCCAAGUGCUUUCCACCGAUGAUAGUGGUCGAUUCGUCUAUAUACCAACUGCUGAGCCCACCACUACUACUGAAGCCGCACCAACCGAGCCACCAACGCCAACUGAUCAAUAUGGAAACUCGAUCGCUCCUGUGCACCGCCCCGAUGGACAGUUGCUGCCCACCGACUCCACUGGACACCAUGUAGCUGACAACGGCGAAGUGGUCACGCAAAACGACCAAGGCGAGCCAAUUGGAGCCGAUGGUGAAGUUCUGCCAACUGAUGCCACCGGAAAGUACAUCUACAUUGAGCCGAGCACCGAGGAGCCAACACCAAUCAUCGUUGUUGUGGGUCCUGAUGGAACACCACUGCCUACUGAUGCAAGCGGAAGACACGUUGGACCAGACGGUGAACCCGUGCCAACCAACGCCGAUGGAUUGCCCGUUGAUCCCAGUGGUGAACUUCUGCCGACUGACAGCGAGGGACGACAUGUCUUCAUUGGAACUGCCGAACCCGAAGUGACAAGCAAGGUGUUGCCCACCGAUGAGACGGGUAGAACGCGAAUCCCAGUUGUUUGGCCUGAUGGAACGCCACUCGCUACGGAUUCCACUGGCGAAUACAUCCUUGACGACGGCACUCCAAUUUCACGUGACGACGAGGGCAAGCCUAUUGGAUUUGAUGGAGAGGUUCUGCCAACCGACAACUCCGGUCAAUGGGUGCUUGUUACCCCAGAACCAGAACCCGAAACCACGACAGCUACGAAACAAAUCAUUGUCGUUGUGGGACCAGACCAGACUCCAUUGCCGACGGAUGCAUCAGGAGCUCCGCUUGAUCCAGAGGGACGACCAUUGGUCACCGAUGACGAAGGGCGCCCGCUUUCUCCAGCUGGCGAGGUGCUGCCAACUGAUGGCGAGGGGCGCUAUGUGUUUGUGCCCACUGAGCCAACAGCUCUGCCAACGCAUGAACUGCCGACUGAAAGAACGGCGAUCGUUCGUGAAGAUGAUGGUUCCCUCUUGCCAACAAUCGAAAGCGGUCAAUUCAUCGCCGAUGACGGCUCGAUCAUUAAGGAAAACGAUGAAGGCAAACCCAUUGGCCCCGAUGAUCAAGUUCUAGCCAUAAACGAACGUGGCGAGUACGUAUGGCCCACCACCAAGCCGGAUAUCGUGCUGCCAGACACAUCAACCACAACAGUUAUUCAAGUGGUCGGACCCGAUGGAACACCUCUGCCCACAGAUUCAAGUGGAGCCGUGGUUGAUGCGGAAGGAGAAACUAUUCCAACAAACGUUGCCGGACAACCAGUCGAUGCCGAGGGGCAAGUGCUUCCCACCGAUGAUAGUGGUCGAUUUGUCUACAUACCAAUUGCUGAGCCCACGACAACUCAAGAAACGAAGCCAACCGAUGAGCACGGCAAUCAAAUCACUCCCGUGCACCGUCCUGAUGGACAGUUGCUGCCUACCGACUCGACUGGACAUCAUGUAUCCGACAGCGGCGAGGUGAUCACACAAAAUGAUCAAGGCGAGCCAAUUGGAACAGAUGGUGAGGUUCUGCCAACUGAUGCCACCGGAAAGUACAUCUACAUUGAGCCGAGCACCGAGGAGCCAACCGAGGAGCCAACACCACUUACGAUCAUUGUCGGCCCUGAUGGAACACCGCUACCCACUGAUGCAAGUGGAGCGACCGUUGAUGCUCAGGGAGAGCCAAUUCCAACAAAUCUUCAGGGACAACCGGUCGAUGUCGAGGGCCAAGUGCUUUCCACCGAUGAUAGUGGUCGAUUCGUCUAUAUACCAACUGCUGAGCCCACCACUACUACUGAAGCCGCACCAACCGAGCCACCAACGCCAACUGAUCAAUAUGGAAACUCGAUCGCUCCUGUGCACCGCCCCGAUGGACAGUUGCUGCCCACCGACUCCACUGGACACCAUGUAGCUGACAACGGCGAAGUGGUCACGCAAAACGACCAAGGCGAGCCAAUUGGAGCCGAUGGUGAAGUUCUGCCAACUGAUGCCACCGGAAAGUACAUCUACAUUGAGCCGAGCACCGAGGAGCCAACACCAAUCAUCGUUGUUGUGGGUCCUGAUGGAACACCACUGCCUACUGAUGCAAGCGGAAGACACGUUGGACCAGACGGUGAACCCGUGCCAACCAACGCCGAUGGAUUGCCCGUUGAUCCCAGUGGUGAACUUCUGCCGACUGACAGCGAGGGACGACAUGUCUUCAUUGGAACUGCCGAACCCGAAGUGACAAGCAAGGGACAACCGGUCGAUGUCGAGGGCCAAGUGCUUUCCACCGAUGAUAGUGGUCGAUUCGUCUAUAUACCAACUGCUGAGCCCACCACUACUACUGAAGCCGCACCAACCGAGCCACCAACGCCAACUGAUCAAUAUGGAAACUCGAUCGCUCCUGUGCACCGCCCCGAUGGACAGUUGCUGCCCACCGACUCCACUGGACACCAUGUAGCUGACAACGGCGAAGUGGUCACGCAAAACGACCAAGGCGAGCCAAUUGGAGCCGAUGGUGAAGUUCUGCCAACUGAUGCCACCGGAAAGUACAUCUACAUUGAGCCGAGCACCGAGGAGCCAACACCAAUCAUCGUUGUUGUGGGUCCUGAUGGAACACCACUGCCUACUGAUGCAAGCGGAAGACACGUUGGACCAGACGGUGAACCCGUGCCAACCAACGCCGAUGGAUUGCCCGUUGAUCCCAGUGGUGAACUUCUGCCGACUGACAGCGAGGGACGACAUGUCUUCAUUGGAACUGCCGAACCCGAAGUGACAAGCAAGGUGUUGCCCACCGAUGAGACGGGUAGAACGCGAAUCCCAGUUGUUUGGCCUGAUGGAACGCCACUCGCUACGGAUUCCACUGGCGAAUACAUCCUUGACGACGGCACUCCAAUUUCACGUGACGACGAGGGCAAGCCUAUUGGAUUUGAUGGAGAGGUUCUGCCAACCGACAACUCCGGUCAAUGGGUGCUUGUUACCCCAGAACCAGAACCCGAAACCACGACAGCUACGAAACAAAUCAUUGUCGUUGUGGGACCAGACCAGACUCCAUUGCCGACGGAUGCAUCAGGAGCUCCGCUUGAUCCAGAGGGACGACCAUUGGUCACCGAUGACGAAGGGCGCCCGCUUUCUCCAGCUGGCGAGGUGCUGCCAACUGAUGGCGAGGGGCGCUAUGUGUUUGUGCCCACUGAGCCAACAGCUCUGCCAACGCAUGAACUGCCGACUGAAAGAACGGCGAUCGUUCGUGAAGAUGAUGGUUCCCUCUUGCCAACAAUCGAAAGCGGUCAAUUCAUCGCCGAUGACGGCUCGAUCAUUAAGGAAAACGAUGAAGGCAAACCCAUUGGCCCCGAUGAUCAAGUUCUAGCCAUAAACGAACGUGGCGAGUACGUAUGGCCCACCACCAAGCCGGAUAUCGUGCUGCCAGACACAUCAACCACAACAGUUAUUCAAGUGGUCGGACCCGAUGGAACACCUCUGCCCACAGAUUCAAGUGGAGCCGUGGUUGAUGCGGAAGGAGAAACUAUUCCAACAAACGUUGCCGGACAACCAGUCGAUGCCGAGGGGCAAGUGCUUCCCACCGAUGAUAGUGGUCGAUUUGUCUACAUACCAAUUGCUGAGCCCACGACAACUCAAGAAACGAAGCCAACCGAUGAGCACGGCAAUCAAAUCACUCCCGUGCACCGUCCUGAUGGACAGUUGCUGCCUACCGACUCGACUGGACAUCAUGUAUCCGACAGCGGCGAGGUGAUCACACAAAAUGAUCAAGGCGAGCCAAUUGGAACAGAUGGUGAGGUUCUGCCAACUGAUGCCACCGGAAAGUACAUCUACAUUGAGCCGAGCACCGAGGAGCCAACCGAGGAGCCAACACCACUUACGAUCAUUGUCGGCCCUGAUGGAACACCGCUACCCACUGAUGCAAGUGGAGCGACCGUUGAUGCUCAGGGAGAGCCAAUUCCAACAAAUCUUCAGGGACAACCGGUCGAUGUCGAGGGCCAAGUGCUUUCCACCGAUGAUAGUGGUCGAUUCGUCUAUAUACCAACUGCUGAGCCCACCACUACUACUGAAGCCGCACCAACCGAGCCACCAACGCCAACUGAUCAAUAUGGAAACUCGAUCGCUCCUGUGCACCGCCCCGAUGGACAGUUGCUGCCCACCGACUCCACUGGACACCAUGUAGCUGACAACGGCGAAGUGGUCACGCAAAACGACCAAGGCGAGCCAAUUGGAGCCGAUGGUGAAGUUCUGCCAACUGAUGCCACCGGAAAGUACAUCUACAUUGAGCCGAGCACCGAGGAGCCAACACCAAUCAUCGUUGUUGUGGGUCCUGAUGGAACACCACUGCCUACUGAUGCAAGCGGAAGACACGUUGGACCAGACGGUGAACCCGUGCCAACCAACGCCGAUGGAUUGCCCGUUGAUCCCAGUGGUGAACUUCUGCCGACUGACAGCGAGGGACGACAUGUCUUCAUUGGAACUGCCGAACCCGAAGUGACAAGCAAGGUGUUGCCCACCGAUGAGACGGGUAGAACGCGAAUCCCAGUUGUUUGGCCUGAUGGAACGCCACUCGCUACGGAUUCCACUGGCGAAUACAUCCUUGACGACGGCACUCCAAUUUCACGUGACGACGAGGGCAAGCCUAUUGGAUUUGAUGGAGAGGUUCUGCCAACCGACAACUCCGGUCAAUGGGUGCUUGUUACCCCAGAACCAGAACCCGAAACCACGACAGCUACGAAACAAAUCAUUGUCGUUGUGGGACCAGACCAGACUCCAUUGCCGACGGAUGCAUCAGGAGCUCCGCUUGAUCCAGAGGGACGACCAUUGGUCACCGAUGACGAAGGGCGCCCGCUUUCUCCAGCUGGCGAGGUGCUGCCAACUGAUGGCGAGGGGCGCUAUGUGUUUGUGCCCACUGAGCCAACAGCUCUGCCAACGCAUGAACUGCCGACUGAAAGAACGGCGAUCGUUCGUGAAGAUGAUGGUUCCCUCUUGCCAACAAUCGAAAGCGGUCAAUUCAUCGCCGAUGACGGCUCGAUCAUUAAGGAAAACGAUGAAGGCAAACCCAUUGGCCCCGAUGAUCAAGUUCUAGCCAUAAACGAACGUGGCGAGUACGUAUGGCCCACCACCAAGCCGGAUAUCGUGCUGCCAGACACAUCAACCACAACAGUUAUUCAAGUGGUCGGACCCGAUGGAACACCUCUGCCCACAGAUUCAAGUGGAGCCGUGGUUGAUGCGGAAGGAGAAACUAUUCCAACAAACGUUGCCGGACAACCAGUCGAUGCCGAGGGGCAAGUGCUUCCCACCGAUGAUAGUGGUCGAUUUGUCUACAUACCAAUUGCUGAGCCCACGACAACUCAAGAAACGAAGCCAACCGAUGAGCACGGCAAUCAAAUCACUCCCGUGCACCGUCCUGAUGGACAGUUGCUGCCUACCGACUCGACUGGACAUCAUGUAUCCGACAGCGGCGAGGUGAUCACACAAAAUGAUCAAGGCGAGCCAAUUGGAACAGAUGGUGAGGUUCUGCCAACUGAUGCCACCGGAAAGUACAUCUACAUUGAGCCGAGCACCGAGGAGCCAACCGAGGAGCCAACACCACUUACGAUCAUUGUCGGCCCUGAUGGAACACCGCUACCCACUGAUGCAAGUGGAGCGACCGUUGAUGCUCAGGGAGAGCCAAUUCCAACAAAUCUUCAGGGACAACCGGUCGAUGUCGAGGGCCAAGUGCUUUCCACCGAUGAUAGUGGUCGAUUCGUCUAUAUACCAACUGCUGAGCCCACCACUACUACUGAAGCCGCACCAACCGAGCCACCAACGCCAACUGAUCAAUAUGGAAACUCGAUCGCUCCUGUGCACCGCCCCGAUGGACAGUUGCUGCCCACCGACUCCACUGGACACCAUGUAGCUGACAACGGCGAAGUGGUCACGCAAAACGACCAAGGCGAGCCAAUUGGAGCCGAUGGUGAAGUUCUGCCAACUGAUGCCACCGGAAAGUACAUCUACAUUGAGCCGAGCACCGAGGAGCCAACACCAAUCAUCGUUGUUGUGGGUCCUGAUGGAACACCACUGCCUACUGAUGCAAGCGGAAGACACGUUGGACCAGACGGUGAACCCGUGCCAACCAACGCCGAUGGAUUGCCCGUUGAUCCCAGUGGUGAACUUCUGCCGACUGACAGCGAGGGACGACAUGUCUUCAUUGGAACUGCCGAACCCGAAGUGACAAGCAAGGUGUUGCCCACCGAUGAGACGGGUAGAACGCGAAUCCCAGUUGUUUGGCCUGAUGGAACGCCACUCGCUACGGAUUCCACUGGCGAAUACAUCCUUGACGACGGCACUCCAAUUUCACGUGACGACGAGGGCAAGCCUAUUGGAUUUGAUGGAGAGGUUCUGCCAACCGACAACUCCGGUCAAUGGGUGCUUGUUACCCCAGAACCAGAACCCGAAACCACGACAGCUACGAAACAAAUCAUUGUCGUUGUGGGACCAGACCAGACUCCAUUGCCGACGGAUGCAUCAGGAGCUCCGCUUGAUCCAGAGGGACGACCAUUGGUCACCGAUGACGAAGGGCGCCCGCUUUCUCCAGCUGGCGAGGUGCUGCCAACUGAUGGCGAGGGGCGCUAUGUGUUUGUGCCCACUGAGCCAACAGCUCUGCCAACGCAUGAACUGCCGACUGAAAGAACGGCGAUCGUUCGUGAAGAUGAUGGUUCCCUCUUGCCAACAAUCGAAAGCGGUCAAUUCAUCGCCGAUGACGGCUCGAUCAUUAAGGAAAACGAUGAAGGCAAACCCAUUGGCCCCGAUGAUCAAGUUCUAGCCAUAAACGAACGUGGCGAGUACGUAUGGCCCACCACCAAGCCGGAUAUCGUGCUGCCAGACACAUCAACCACAACAGUUAUUCAAGUGGUCGGACCCGAUGGAACACCUCUGCCCACAGAUUCAAGUGGAGCCGUGGUUGAUGCGGAAGGAGAAACUAUUCCAACAAACGUUGCCGGACAACCAGUCGAUGCCGAGGGGCAAGUGCUUCCCACCGAUGAUAGUGGUCGAUUUGUCUACAUACCAAUUGCUGAGCCCACGACAACUCAAGAAACGAAGCCAACCGAUGAGCACGGCAAUCAAAUCACUCCCGUGCACCGUCCUGAUGGACAGUUGCUGCCUACCGACUCGACUGGACAUCAUGUAUCCGACAGCGGCGAGGUGAUCACACAAAAUGAUCAAGGCGAGCCAAUUGGAACAGAUGGUGAGGUUCUGCCAACUGAUGCCACCGGAAAGUACAUCUACAUUGAGCCGAGCACCGAGGAGCCAACCGAGGAGCCAACACCACUUACGAUCAUUGUCGGCCCUGAUGGAACACCGCUACCCACUGAUGCAAGUGGAGCGACCGUUGAUGCUCAGGGAGAGCCAAUUCCAACAAAUCUUCAGGGACAACCGGUCGAUGUCGAGGGCCAAGUGCUUUCCACCGAUGAUAGUGGUCGAUUCGUCUAUAUACCAACUGCUGAGCCCACCACUACUACUGAAGCCGCACCAACCGAGCCACCAACGCCAACUGAUCAAUAUGGAAACUCGAUCGCUCCUGUGCACCGCCCCGAUGGACAGUUGCUGCCCACCGACUCCACUGGACACCAUGUAGCUGACAACGGCGAAGUGGUCACGCAAAACGACCAAGGCGAGCCAAUUGGAGCCGAUGGUGAAGUUCUGCCAACUGAUGCCACCGGAAAGUACAUCUACAUUGAGCCGAGCACCGAGGAGCCAACACCAAUCAUCGUUGUUGUGGGUCCUGAUGGAACACCACUGCCUACUGAUGCAAGCGGAAGACACGUUGGACCAGACGGUGAACCCGUGCCAACCAACGCCGAUGGAUUGCCCGUUGAUCCCAGUGGUGAACUUCUGCCGACUGACAGCGAGGGACGACAUGUCUUCAUUGGAACUGCCGAACCCGAAGUGACAAGCAAGGUGUUGCCCACCGAUGAGACGGGUAGAACGCGAAUCCCAGUUGUUUGGCCUGAUGGAACGCCACUCGCUACGGAUUCCACUGGCGAAUACAUCCUUGACGACGGCACUCCAAUUUCACGUGACGACGAGGGCAAGCCUAUUGGAUUUGAUGGAGAGGUUCUGCCAACCGACAACUCCGGUCAAUGGGUGCUUGUUACCCCAGAACCAGAACCCGAAACCACGACAGCUACGAAACAAAUCAUUGUCGUUGUGGGACCAGACCAGACUCCAUUGCCGACGGAUGCAUCAGGAGCUCCGCUUGAUCCAGAGGGACGACCAUUGGUCACCGAUGACGAAGGGCGCCCGCUUUCUCCAGCUGGCGAGGUGCUGCCAACUGAUGGCGAGGGGCGCUAUGUGUUUGUGCCCACUGAGCCAACAGCUCUGCCAACGCAUGAACUGCCGACUGAAAGAACGGCGAUCGUUCGUGAAGAUGAUGGUUCCCUCUUGCCAACAAUCGAAAGCGGUCAAUUCAUCGCCGAUGACGGCUCGAUCAUUAAGGAAAACGAUGAAGGCAAACCCAUUGGCCCCGAUGAUCAAGUUCUAGCCAUAAACGAACGUGGCGAGUACGUAUGGCCCACCACCAAGCCGGAUAUCGUGCUGCCAGACACAUCAACCACAACAGUUAUUCAAGUGGUCGGACCCGAUGGAACACCUCUGCCCACAGAUUCAAGUGGAGCCGUGGUUGAUGCGGAAGGAGAAACUAUUCCAACAAACGUUGCCGGACAACCAGUCGAUGCCGAGGGGCAAGUGCUUCCCACCGAUGAUAGUGGUCGAUUUGUCUACAUACCAAUUGCUGAGCCCACGACAACUCAAGAAACGAAGCCAACCGAUGAGCACGGCAAUCAAAUCACUCCCGUGCACCGUCCUGAUGGACAGUUGCUGCCUACCGACUCGACUGGACAUCAUGUAUCCGACAGCGGCGAGGUGAUCACACAAAAUGAUCAAGGCGAGCCAAUUGGAACAGAUGGUGAGGUUCUGCCAACUGAUGCCACCGGAAAGUACAUCUACAUUGAGCCGAGCACCGAGGAGCCAACCGAGGAGCCAACACCACUUACGAUCAUUGUCGGCCCUGAUGGAACACCGCUACCCACUGAUGCAAGUGGAGCGACCGUUGAUGCUCAGGGAGAGCCAAUUCCAACAAAUCUUCAGGGACAACCGGUCGAUGUCGAGGGCCAAGUGCUUUCCACCGAUGAUAGUGGUCGAUUCGUCUAUAUACCAACUGCUGAGCCCACCACUACUACUGAAGCCGCACCAACCGAGCCACCAACGCCAACUGAUCAAUAUGGAAACUCGAUCGCUCCUGUGCACCGCCCCGAUGGACAGUUGCUGCCCACCGACUCCACUGGACACCAUGUAGCUGACAACGGCGAAGUGGUCACGCAAAACGACCAAGGCGAGCCAAUUGGAGCCGAUGGUGAAGUUCUGCCAACUGAUGCCACCGGAAAGUACAUCUACAUUGAGCCGAGCACCGAGGAGCCAACACCAAUCAUCGUUGUUGUGGGUCCUGAUGGAACACCACUGCCUACUGAUGCAAGCGGAAGACACGUUGGACCAGACGGUGAACCCGUGCCAACCAACGCCGAUGGAUUGCCCGUUGAUCCCAGUGGUGAACUUCUGCCGACUGACAGCGAGGGACGACAUGUCUUCAUUGGAACUGCCGAACCCGAAGUGACAAGCAAGGUGUUGCCCACCGAUGAGACGGGUAGAACGCGAAUCCCAGUUGUUUGGCCUGAUGGAACGCCACUCGCUACGGAUUCCACUGGCGAAUACAUCCUUGACGACGGCACUCCAAUUUCACGUGACGACGAGGGCAAGCCUAUUGGAUUUGAUGGAGAGGUUCUGCCAACCGACAACUCCGGUCAAUGGGUGCUUGUUACCCCAGAACCAGAACCCGAAACCACGACAGCUACGAAACAAAUCAUUGUCGUUGUGGGACCAGACCAGACUCCAUUGCCGACGGAUGCAUCAGGAGCUCCGCUUGAUCCAGAGGGACGACCAUUGGUCACCGAUGACGAAGGGCGCCCGCUUUCUCCAGCUGGCGAGGUGCUGCCAACUGAUGGCGAGGGGCGCUAUGUGUUUGUGCCCACUGAGCCAACAGCUCUGCCAACGCAUGAACUGCCGACUGAAAGAACGGCGAUCGUUCGUGAAGAUGAUGGUUCCCUCUUGCCAACAAUCGAAAGCGGUCAAUUCAUCGCCGAUGACGGCUCGAUCAUUAAGGAAAACGAUGAAGGCAAACCCAUUGGCCCCGAUGAUCAAGUUCUAGCCAUAAACGAACGUGGCGAGUACGUAUGGCCCACCACCAAGCCGGAUAUCGUGCUGCCAGACACAUCAACCACAACAGUUAUUCAAGUGGUCGGACCCGAUGGAACACCUCUGCCCACAGAUUCAAGUGGAGCCGUGGUUGAUGCGGAAGGAGAAACUAUUCCAACAAACGUUGCCGGACAACCAGUCGAUGCCGAGGGGCAAGUGCUUCCCACCGAUGAUAGUGGUCGAUUUGUCUACAUACCAAUUGCUGAGCCCACGACAACUCAAGAAACGAAGCCAACCGAUGAGCACGGCAAUCAAAUCACUCCCGUGCACCGUCCUGAUGGACAGUUGCUGCCUACCGACUCGACUGGACAUCAUGUAUCCGACAGCGGCGAGGUGAUCACACAAAAUGAUCAAGGCGAGCCAAUUGGAACAGAUGGUGAGGUUCUGCCAACUGAUGCCACCGGAAAGUACAUCUACAUUGAGCCGAGCACCGAGGAGCCAACCGAGGAGCCAACACCACUUACGAUCAUUGUCGGCCCUGAUGGAACACCGCUACCCACUGAUGCAAGUGGAGCGACCGUUGAUGCUCAGGGAGAGCCAAUUCCAACAAAUCUUCAGGGACAACCGGUCGAUGUCGAGGGCCAAGUGCUUUCCACCGAUGAUAGUGGUCGAUUCGUCUAUAUACCAACUGCUGAGCCCACCACUACUACUGAAGCCGCACCAACCGAGCCACCAACGCCAACUGAUCAAUAUGGAAACUCGAUCGCUCCUGUGCACCGCCCCGAUGGACAGUUGCUGCCCACCGACUCCACUGGACACCAUGUAGCUGACAACGGCGAAGUGGUCACGCAAAACGACCAAGGCGAGCCAAUUGGAGCCGAUGGUGAAGUUCUGCCAACUGAUGCCACCGGAAAGUACAUCUACAUUGAGCCGAGCACCGAGGAGCCAACACCAAUCAUCGUUGUUGUGGGUCCUGAUGGAACACCACUGCCUACUGAUGCAAGCGGAAGACACGUUGGACCAGACGGUGAACCCGUGCCAACCAACGCCGAUGGAUUGCCCGUUGAUCCCAGUGGUGAACUUCUGCCGACUGACAGCGAGGGACGACAUGUCUUCAUUGGAACUGCCGAACCCGAAGUGACAAGCAAGGUGUUGCCCACCGAUGAGACGGGUAGAACGCGAAUCCCAGUUGUUUGGCCUGAUGGAACGCCACUCGCUACGGAUUCCACUGGCGAAUACAUCCUUGACGACGGCACUCCAAUUUCACGUGACGACGAGGGCAAGCCUAUUGGAUUUGAUGGAGAGGUUCUGCCAACCGACAACUCCGGUCAAUGGGUGCUUGUUACCCCAGAACCAGAACCCGAAACCACGACAGCUACGAAACAAAUCAUUGUCGUUGUGGGACCAGACCAGACUCCAUUGCCGACGGAUGCAUCAGGAGCUCCGCUUGAUCCAGAGGGACGACCAUUGGUCACCGAUGACGAAGGGCGCCCGCUUUCUCCAGCUGGCGAGGUGCUGCCAACUGAUGGCGAGGGGCGCUAUGUGUUUGUGCCCACUGAGCCAACAGCUCUGCCAACGCAUGAACUGCCGACUGAAAGAACGGCGAUCGUUCGUGAAGAUGAUGGUUCCCUCUUGCCAACAAUCGAAAGCGGUCAAUUCAUCGCCGAUGACGGCUCGAUCAUUAAGGAAAACGAUGAAGGCAAACCCAUUGGCCCCGAUGAUCAAGUUCUAGCCAUAAACGAACGUGGCGAGUACGUAUGGCCCACCACCAAGCCGGAUAUCGUGCUGCCAGACACAUCAACCACAACAGUUAUUCAAGUGGUCGGACCCGAUGGAACACCUCUGCCCACAGAUUCAAGUGGAGCCGUGGUUGAUGCGGAAGGAGAAACUAUUCCAACAAACGUUGCCGGACAACCAGUCGAUGCCGAGGGGCAAGUGCUUCCCACCGAUGAUAGUGGUCGAUUUGUCUACAUACCAAUUGCUGAGCCCACGACAACUCAAGAAACGAAGCCAACCGAUGAGCACGGCAAUCAAAUCACUCCCGUGCACCGUCCUGAUGGACAGUUGCUGCCUACCGACUCGACUGGACAUCAUGUAUCCGACAGCGGCGAGGUGAUCACACAAAAUGAUCAAGGCGAGCCAAUUGGAACAGAUGGUGAGGUUCUGCCAACUGAUGCCACCGGAAAGUACAUCUACAUUGAGCCGAGCACCGAGGAGCCAACCGAGGAGCCAACACCACUUACGAUCAUUGUCGGCCCUGAUGGAACACCGCUACCCACUGAUGCAAGUGGAGCGACCGUUGAUGCUCAGGGAGAGCCAAUUCCAACAAAUCUUCAGGGACAACCGGUCGAUGUCGAGGGCCAAGUGCUUUCCACCGAUGAUAGUGGUCGAUUCGUCUAUAUACCAACUGCUGAGCCCACCACUACUACUGAAGCCGCACCAACCGAGCCACCAACGCCAACUGAUCAAUAUGGAAACUCGAUCGCUCCUGUGCACCGCCCCGAUGGACAGUUGCUGCCCACCGACUCCACUGGACACCAUGUAGCUGACAACGGCGAAGUGGUCACGCAAAACGACCAAGGCGAGCCAAUUGGAGCCGAUGGUGAAGUUCUGCCAACUGAUGCCACCGGAAAGUACAUCUACAUUGAGCCGAGCACCGAGGAGCCAACACCAAUCAUCGUUGUUGUGGGUCCUGAUGGAACACCACUGCCUACUGAUGCAAGCGGAAGACACGUUGGACCAGACGGUGAACCCGUGCCAACCAACGCCGAUGGAUUGCCCGUUGAUCCCAGUGGUGAACUUCUGCCGACUGACAGCGAGGGACGACAUGUCUUCAUUGGAACUGCCGAACCCGAAGUGACAAGCAAGGUGUUGCCCACCGAUGAGACGGGUAGAACGCGAAUCCCAGUUGUUUGGCCUGAUGGAACGCCACUCGCUACGGAUUCCACUGGCGAAUACAUCCUUGACGACGGCACUCCAAUUUCACGUGACGACGAGGGCAAGCCUAUUGGAUUUGAUGGAGAGGUUCUGCCAACCGACAACUCCGGUCAAUGGGUGCUUGUUACCCCAGAACCAGAACCCGAAACCACGACAGCUACGAAACAAAUCAUUGUCGUUGUGGGACCAGACCAGACUCCAUUGCCGACGGAUGCAUCAGGAGCUCCGCUUGAUCCAGAGGGACGACCAUUGGUCACCGAUGACGAAGGGCGCCCGCUUUCUCCAGCUGGCGAGGUGCUGCCAACUGAUGGCGAGGGGCGCUAUGUGUUUGUGCCCACUGAGCCAACAGCUCUGCCAACGCAUGAACUGCCGACUGAAAGAACGGCGAUCGUUCGUGAAGAUGAUGGUUCCCUCUUGCCAACAAUCGAAAGCGGUCAAUUCAUCGCCGAUGACGGCUCGAUCAUUAAGGAAAACGAUGAAGGCAAACCCAUUGGCCCCGAUGAUCAAGUUCUAGCCAUAAACGAACGUGGCGAGUACGUAUGGCCCACCACCAAGCCGGAUAUCGUGCUGCCAGACACAUCAACCACAACAGUUAUUCAAGUGGUCGGACCCGAUGGAACACCUCUGCCCACAGAUUCAAGUGGAGCCGUGGUUGAUGCGGAAGGAGAAACUAUUCCAACAAACGUUGCCGGACAACCAGUCGAUGCCGAGGGGCAAGUGCUUCCCACCGAUGAUAGUGGUCGAUUUGUCUACAUACCAAUUGCUGAGCCCACGACAACUCAAGAAACGAAGCCAACCGAUGAGCACGGCAAUCAAAUCACUCCCGUGCACCGUCCUGAUGGACAGUUGCUGCCUACCGACUCGACUGGACAUCAUGUAUCCGACAGCGGCGAGGUGAUCACACAAAAUGAUCAAGGCGAGCCAAUUGGAACAGAUGGUGAGGUUCUGCCAACUGAUGCCACCGGAAAGUACAUCUACAUUGAGCCGAGCACCGAGGAGCCAACCGAGGAGCCAACACCACUUACGAUCAUUGUCGGCCCUGAUGGAACACCGCUACCCACUGAUGCAAGUGGAGCGACCGUUGAUGCUCAGGGAGAGCCAAUUCCAACAAAUCUUCAGGGACAACCGGUCGAUGUCGAGGGCCAAGUGCUUUCCACCGAUGAUAGUGGUCGAUUCGUCUAUAUACCAACUGCUGAGCCCACCACUACUACUGAAGCCGCACCAACCGAGCCACCAACGCCAACUGAUCAAUAUGGAAACUCGAUCGCUCCUGUGCACCGCCCCGAUGGACAGUUGCUGCCCACCGACUCCACUGGACACCAUGUAGCUGACAACGGCGAAGUGGUCACGCAAAACGACCAAGGCGAGCCAAUUGGAGCCGAUGGUGAAGUUCUGCCAACUGAUGCCACCGGAAAGUACAUCUACAUUGAGCCGAGCACCGAGGAGCCAACACCAAUCAUCGUUGUUGUGGGUCCUGAUGGAACACCACUGCCUACUGAUGCAAGCGGAAGACACGUUGGACCAGACGGUGAACCCGUGCCAACCAACGCCGAUGGAUUGCCCGUUGAUCCCAGUGGUGAACUUCUGCCGACUGACAGCGAGGGACGACAUGUCUUCAUUGGAACUGCCGAACCCGAAGUGACAAGCAAGGUGUUGCCCACCGAUGAGACGGGUAGAACGCGAAUCCCAGUUGUUUGGCCUGAUGGAACGCCACUCGCUACGGAUUCCACUGGCGAAUACAUCCUUGACGACGGCACUCCAAUUUCACGUGACGACGAGGGCAAGCCUAUUGGAUUUGAUGGAGAGGUUCUGCCAACCGACAACUCCGGUCAAUGGGUGCUUGUUACCCCAGAACCAGAACCCGAAACCACGACAGCUACGAAACAAAUCAUUGUCGUUGUGGGACCAGACCAGACUCCAUUGCCGACGGAUGCAUCAGGAGCUCCGCUUGAUCCAGAGGGACGACCAUUGGUCACCGAUGACGAAGGGCGCCCGCUUUCUCCAGCUGGCGAGGUGCUGCCAACUGAUGGCGAGGGGCGCUAUGUGUUUGUGCCCACUGAGCCAACAGCUCUGCCAACGCAUGAACUGCCGACUGAAAGAACGGCGAUCGUUCGUGAAGAUGAUGGUUCCCUCUUGCCAACAAUCGAAAGCGGUCAAUUCAUCGCCGAUGACGGCUCGAUCAUUAAGGAAAACGAUGAAGGCAAACCCAUUGGCCCCGAUGAUCAAGUUCUAGCCAUAAACGAACGUGGCGAGUACGUAUGGCCCACCACCAAGCCGGAUAUCGUGCUGCCAGACACAUCAACCACAACAGUUAUUCAAGUGGUCGGACCCGAUGGAACACCUCUGCCCACAGAUUCAAGUGGAGCCGUGGUUGAUGCGGAAGGAGAAACUAUUCCAACAAACGUUGCCGGACAACCAGUCGAUGCCGAGGGGCAAGUGCUUCCCACCGAUGAUAGUGGUCGAUUUGUCUACAUACCAAUUGCUGAGCCCACGACAACUCAAGAAACGAAGCCAACCGAUGAGCACGGCAAUCAAAUCACUCCCGUGCACCGUCCUGAUGGACAGUUGCUGCCUACCGACUCGACUGGACAUCAUGUAUCCGACAGCGGCGAGGUGAUCACACAAAAUGAUCAAGGCGAGCCAAUUGGAACAGAUGGUGAGGUUCUGCCAACUGAUGCCACCGGAAAGUACAUCUACAUUGAGCCGAGCACCGAGGAGCCAACCGAGGAGCCAACACCACUUACGAUCAUUGUCGGCCCUGAUGGAACACCGCUACCCACUGAUGCAAGUGGAGCGACCGUUGAUGCUCAGGGAGAGCCAAUUCCAACAAAUCUUCAGGGACAACCGGUCGAUGUCGAGGGCCAAGUGCUUUCCACCGAUGAUAGUGGUCGAUUCGUCUAUAUACCAACUGCUGAGCCCACCACUACUACUGAAGCCGCACCAACCGAGCCACCAACGCCAACUGAUCAAUAUGGAAACUCGAUCGCUCCUGUGCACCGCCCCGAUGGACAGUUGCUGCCCACCGACUCCACUGGACACCAUGUAGCUGACAACGGCGAAGUGGUCACGCAAAACGACCAAGGCGAGCCAAUUGGAGCCGAUGGUGAAGUUCUGCCAACUGAUGCCACCGGAAAGUACAUCUACAUUGAGCCGAGCACCGAGGAGCCAACACCAAUCAUCGUUGUUGUGGGUCCUGAUGGAACACCACUGCCUACUGAUGCAAGCGGAAGACACGUUGGACCAGACGGUGAACCCGUGCCAACCAACGCCGAUGGAUUGCCCGUUGAUCCCAGUGGUGAACUUCUGCCGACUGACAGCGAGGGACGACAUGUCUUCAUUGGAACUGCCGAACCCGAAGUGACAAGCAAGGUGUUGCCCACCGAUGAGACGGGUAGAACGCGAAUCCCAGUUGUUUGGCCUGAUGGAACGCCACUCGCUACGGAUUCCACUGGCGAAUACAUCCUUGACGACGGCACUCCAAUUUCACGUGACGACGAGGGCAAGCCUAUUGGAUUUGAUGGAGAGGUUCUGCCAACCGACAACUCCGGUCAUUGGUUAUAUUCAACAGCAUCAAGUUAUCCUGUGCAAACGACAAAAAAUUGCCAAGAAUGGACAACAACCGGCAAUUAUCUUUUCGCACUUGACAUCAACACUGAUGACUCUGACCAAAUCACGAAAGCCAAAGAGGCCAUCGAAAAAUUUGUCAAUUCUCUGGAUUUGAGCCCGGACGUAACAAAUAUCGGGCUUUUGACAUAUUCAGACUCGAUCAGCGUACCUGUCCCGUUGGGCGGCUAUCCAGAGCAAGGUCAUUUCAUGGAAUCUCUGCUCGGAAUUCAAUCGAGCACCACUCCAUAUCCUUUGCCAAUCAAAGCAGUCGUUUCCUCGGCAAUUCAACAAUUAGAGGAAAACGGACUUCCUACAGCUUCCUCGACGACAAAUAUUCUUGUCUUGUUAUCAACACAAAAACAAAGUGUCGACCAGGCUGGGAACAUGGACGUAUUGCUAAUCGAUUUGGAGUCUGAUAGCCUUGAUAUCAAACAACGCAUUGUAUCAAGUUGUGAAAAUGGUGAGAUCGGCGUCAGAGAAGGGCAGCCGAAAUCCGUAAGCCAAGCUACAACACCAGUCACAAUCAUCGUCGGACCCGAUGGAACACCUCUGCCCACAGAUUCAAGUGGAGCCGUGGUUGAUGCGGAAGGAGAAACUAUUCCAACAAACGUUGCCGGACAACCAGUCGAUGCCGAGGGGCAAGUGCUUCCCACCGAUGAUAGUGGUCGAUUUGUCUACAUACCAAUUGCUGAGCCCACGACAACUCAAGAAACGAAGCCAACCGAUGAGCACGGCAAUCAAAUCACUCCCGUGCACCGUCCUGAUGGACAGUUGCUGCCUACCGACUCGACUGGACAUCAUGUAUCCGACAGCGGCGAGGUGAUCACACAAAAUGAUCAAGGCGAGCCAAUUGGAACAGAUGGUGAGGUUCUGCCAACUGAUGCCACCGGAAAGUACAUCUACAUUGAGCCGAGCACCGAGGAGCCAACACCAAUCAUCGUUGUUGUGGGUCCUGAUGGAACACCACUGCCUACUGAUGCAAGCGGAAGACACGUUGGACCAGACGGUGAACCCGUGCCAACCAACGCCGAUGGAUUGCCCGUUGAUCCCAGUGGUGAACUUCUGCCGACUGACAGCGAGGGACGACAUGUCUUCAUUGGAACUGCCGAACCCGAAGUGACAAGCAAGGUGUUGCCCACCGAUGAGACGGGUAGAACGCGAAUCCCAGUUGUUUGGCCUGAUGGAACGCCACUCGCUACGGAUUCCACUGGCGAAUACAUCCUUGACGACGGCACUCCAAUUUCACGUGACGACGAGGGCAAGCCUAUUGGAUUUGAUGGAGAGGUUCUGCCAACCGACAACUCCGGUCAAUGGGUGCUUGUUACCCCAGAACCAGAACCCGAAACCACGACAGCUACGAAACAAAUCAUUGUCGUUGUGGGACCAGACCAGACUCCAUUGCCGACGGAUGCAUCAGGAGCUCCGCUUGAUCCAGAGGGACGACCAUUGGUCACCGAUGACGAAGGGCGCCCGCUUUCUCCAGCUGGCGAGGUGCUGCCAACUGAUGGCGAGGGGCGCUAUGUGUUUGUGCCCACUGAGCCAACAGCUCUGCCAACGCAUGAACUGCCGACUGAAAGAACGGCGAUCGUUCGUGAAGAUGAUGGUUCCCUCUUGCCAACAAUCGAAAGCGGUCAAUUCAUCGCCGAUGACGGCUCGAUCAUUAAGGAAAACGAUGAAGGCAAACCCAUUGGCCCCGAUGAUCAAGUUCUAGCCAUAAACGAACGUGGCGAGUACGUAUGGCCCACCACCAAGCCGGAUAUCGUGCUGCCAGACACAUCAACCACAACAGUUAUUCAAGUGGUCGGACCCGAUGGAACACCUCUGCCCACAGAUUCAAGUGGAGCCGUGGUUGAUGCGGAAGGAGAAACUAUUCCAACAAACGUUGCCGGACAACCAGUCGAUGCCGAGGGGCAAGUGCUUCCCACCGAUGAUAGUGGUCGAUUUGUCUACAUACCAAUUGCUGAGCCCACGACAACUCAAGAAACGAAGCCAACCGAUGAGCACGGCAAUCAAAUCACUCCCGUGCACCGUCCUGAUGGACAGUUGCUGCCUACCGACUCGACUGGACAUCAUGUAUCCGACAGCGGCGAGGUGAUCACACAAAAUGAUCAAGGCGAGCCAAUUGGAACAGAUGGUGAGGUUCUGCCAACUGAUGCCACCGGAAAGUACAUCUACAUUGAGCCGAGCACCGAGGAGCCAACCGAGGAGCCAACACCACUUACGAUCAUUGUCGGCCCUGAUGGAACACCGCUACCCACUGAUGCAAGUGGAGCGACCGUUGAUGCUCAGGGAGAGCCAAUUCCAACAAAUCUUCAGGGACAACCGGUCGAUGUCGAGGGCCAAGUGCUUUCCACCGAUGAUAGUGGUCGAUUCGUCUAUAUACCAACUGCUGAGCCCACCACUACUACUGAAGCCGCACCAACCGAGCCACCAACGCCAACUGAUCAAUAUGGAAACUCGAUCGCUCCUGUGCACCGCCCCGAUGGACAGUUGCUGCCCACCGACUCCACUGGACACCAUGUAGCUGACAACGGCGAAGUGGUCACGCAAAACGACCAAGGCGAGCCAAUUGGAGCCGAUGGUGAAGUUCUGCCAACUGAUGCCACCGGAAAGUACAUCUACAUUGAGCCGAGCACCGAGGAGCCAACACCAAUCAUCGUUGUUGUGGGUCCUGAUGGAACACCACUGCCUACUGAUGCAAGCGGAAGACACGUUGGACCAGACGGUGAACCCGUGCCAACCAACGCCGAUGGAUUGCCCGUUGAUCCCAGUGGUGAACUUCUGCCGACUGACAGCGAGGGACGACAUGUCUUCAUUGGAACUGCCGAACCCGAAGUGACAAGCAAGGUGUUGCCCACCGAUGAGACGGGUAGAACGCGAAUCCCAGUUGUUUGGCCUGAUGGAACGCCACUCGCUACGGAUUCCACUGGCGAAUACAUCCUUGACGACGGCACUCCAAUUUCACGUGACGACGAGGGCAAGCCUAUUGGAUUUGAUGGAGAGGUUCUGCCAACCGACAACUCCGGUCAAUGGGUGCUUGUUACCCCAGAACCAGAACCCGAAACCACGACAGCUACGAAACAAAUCAUUGUCGUUGUGGGACCAGACCAGACUCCAUUGCCGACGGAUGCAUCAGGAGCUCCGCUUGAUCCAGAGGGACGACCAUUGGUCACCGAUGACGAAGGGCGCCCGCUUUCUCCAGCUGGCGAGGUGCUGCCAACUGAUGGCGAGGGGCGCUAUGUGUUUGUGCCCACUGAGCCAACAGCUCUGCCAACGCAUGAACUGCCGACUGAAAGAACGGCGAUCGUUCGUGAAGAUGAUGGUUCCCUCUUGCCAACAAUCGAAAGCGGUCAAUUCAUCGCCGAUGACGGCUCGAUCAUUAAGGAAAACGAUGAAGGCAAACCCAUUGGCCCCGAUGAUCAAGUUCUAGCCAUAAACGAACGUGGCGAGUACGUAUGGCCCACCACCAAGCCGGAUAUCGUGCUGCCAGACACAUCAACCACAACAGUUAUUCAAGUGGUCGGACCCGAUGGAACACCUCUGCCCACAGAUUCAAGUGGAGCCGUGGUUGAUGCGGAAGGAGAAACUAUUCCAACAAACGUUGCCGGACAACCAGUCGAUGCCGAGGGGCAAGUGCUUCCCACCGAUGAUAGUGGUCGAUUUGUCUACAUACCAAUUGCUGAGCCCACGACAACUCAAGAAACGAAGCCAACCGAUGAGCACGGCAAUCAAAUCACUCCCGUGCACCGUCCUGAUGGACAGUUGCUGCCUACCGACUCGACUGGACAUCAUGUAUCCGACAGCGGCGAGGUGAUCACACAAAAUGAUCAAGGCGAGCCAAUUGGAACAGAUGGUGAGGUUCUGCCAACUGAUGCCACCGGAAAGUACAUCUACAUUGAGCCGAGCACCGAGGAGCCAACCGAGGAGCCAACACCACUUACGAUCAUUGUCGGCCCUGAUGGAACACCGCUACCCACUGAUGCAAGUGGAGCGACCGUUGAUGCUCAGGGAGAGCCAAUUCCAACAAAUCUUCAGGGACAACCGGUCGAUGUCGAGGGCCAAGUGCUUUCCACCGAUGAUAGUGGUCGAUUCGUCUAUAUACCAACUGCUGAGCCCACCACUACUACUGAAGCCGCACCAACCGAGCCACCAACGCCAACUGAUCAAUAUGGAAACUCGAUCGCUCCUGUGCACCGCCCCGAUGGACAGUUGCUGCCCACCGACUCCACUGGACACCAUGUAGCUGACAACGGCGAAGUGGUCACGCAAAACGACCAAGGCGAGCCAAUUGGAGCCGAUGGUGAAGUUCUGCCAACUGAUGCCACCGGAAAGUACAUCUACAUUGAGCCGAGCACCGAGGAGCCAACACCAAUCAUCGUUGUUGUGGGUCCUGAUGGAACACCACUGCCUACUGAUGCAAGCGGAAGACACGUUGGACCAGACGGUGAACCCGUGCCAACCAACGCCGAUGGAUUGCCCGUUGAUCCCAGUGGUGAACUUCUGCCGACUGACAGCGAGGGACGACAUGUCUUCAUUGGAACUGCCGAACCCGAAGUGACAAGCAAGGUGUUGCCCACCGAUGAGACGGGUAGAACGCGAAUCCCAGUUGUUUGGCCUGAUGGAACGCCACUCGCUACGGAUUCCACUGGCGAAUACAUCCUUGACGACGGCACUCCAAUUUCACGUGACGACGAGGGCAAGCCUAUUGGAUUUGAUGGAGAGGUUCUGCCAACCGACAACUCCGGUCAUUGGUUAUAUUCAACAGCAUCAAGUUAUCCUGUGCAAACGACAAAAAAUUGCCAAGAAUGGACAACAACCGGCAAUUAUCUUUUCGCACUUGACAUCAACACUGAUGACUCUGACCAAAUCACGAAAGCCAAAGAGGCCAUCGAAAAAUUUGUCAAUUCUCUGGAUUUGAGCCCGGACGUAACAAAUAUCGGGCUUUUGACAUAUUCAGACUCGAUCAGCGUACCUGUCCCGUUGGGCGGCUAUCCAGAGCAAGGUCAUUUCAUGGAAUCUCUGCUCGGAAUUCAAUCGAGCACCACUCCAUAUCCUUUGCCAAUCAAAGCAGUCGUUUCCUCGGCAAUUCAACAAUUAGAGGAAAACGGACUUCCUACAGCUUCCUCGACGACAAAUAUUCUUGUCUUGUUAUCAACACAAAAACAAAGUGUCGACCAGGCUGGGAACAUGGACGUAUUGCUAAUCGAUUUGGAGUCUGAUAGCCUUGAUAUCAAACAACGCAUUGUAUCAAGUUGUGAAAAUGGUGAGAUCGGCGUCAGAGAAGGGCAGCCGAAAUCCGUAAGCCAAGCUACAACACCAGUCACAAUCAUCGUCGGACCCGAUGGAACACCUCUGCCCACAGAUUCAAGUGGAGCCGUGGUUGAUGCGGAAGGAGAAACUAUUCCAACAAACGUUGCCGGACAACCAGUCGAUGCCGAGGGGCAAGUGCUUCCCACCGAUGAUAGUGGUCGAUUUGUCUACAUACCAAUUGCUGAGCCCACGACAACUCAAGAAACGAAGCCAACCGAUGAGCACGGCAAUCAAAUCACUCCCGUGCACCGUCCUGAUGGACAGUUGCUGCCUACCGACUCGACUGGACAUCAUGUAUCCGACAGCGGCGAGGUGAUCACACAAAAUGAUCAAGGCGAGCCAAUUGGAACAGAUGGUGAGGUUCUGCCAACUGAUGCCACCGGAAAGUACAUCUACAUUGAGCCGAGCACCGAGGAGCCAACACCACUUACGAUCAUUGUCGGCCCUGAUGGAACACCGCUACCCACUGAUGCAAGUGGAGCGACCGUUGAUGCUCAGGGAGAGCCAAUUCCAACAAAUCUUCAGGGACAACCGGUCGAUGUCGAGGGCCAAGUGCUUUCCACCGAUGAUAGUGGUCGAUUCGUCUAUAUACCAACUGCUGAGCCCACCACUACUACUGAAGCCGCACCAACCGAGCCACCAACGCCAACUGAUCAAUAUGGAAACUCGAUCGCUCCUGUGCACCGCCCCGAUGGACAGUUGCUGCCCACCGACUCCACUGGACACCAUGUAGCUGACAACGGCGAAGUGGUCACGCAAAACGACCAAGGCGAGCCAAUUGGAGCCGAUGGUGAAGUUCUGCCAACUGAUGCCACCGGAAAGUACAUCUACAUUGAGCCGAGCACCGAGGAGCCAACACCAAUCAUCGUUGUUGUGGGUCCUGAUGGAACACCACUGCCUACUGAUGCAAGCGGAAGACACGUUGGACCAGACGGUGAACCCGUGCCAACCAACGCCGAUGGAUUGCCCGUUGAUCCCAGUGGUGAACUUCUGCCGACUGACAGCGAGGGACGACAUGUCUUCAUUGGAACUGCCGAACCCGAAGUGACAAGCAAGGUGUUGCCCACCGAUGAGACGGGUAGAACGCGAAUCCCAGUUGUUUGGCCUGAUGGAACGCCACUCGCUACGGAUUCCACUGGCGAAUACAUCCUUGACGACGGCACUCCAAUUUCACGUGACGACGAGGGCAAGCCUAUUGGAUUUGAUGGAGAGGUUCUGCCAACCGACAACUCCGGUCAAUGGGUGCUUGUUACCCCAGAACCAGAACCCGAAACCACGACAGCUACGAAACAAAUCAUUGUCGUUGUGGGACCAGACCAGACUCCAUUGCCGACGGAUGCAUCAGGAGCUCCGCUUGAUCCAGAGGGACGACCAUUGGUCACCGAUGACGAAGGGCGCCCGCUUUCUCCAGCUGGCGAGGUGCUGCCAACUGAUGGCGAGGGGCGCUAUGUGUUUGUGCCCACUGAGCCAACAGCUCUGCCAACGCAUGAACUGCCGACUGAAAGAACGGCGAUCGUUCGUGAAGAUGAUGGUUCCCUCUUGCCAACAAUCGAAAGCGGUCAAUUCAUCGCCGAUGACGGCUCGAUCAUUAAGGAAAACGAUGAAGGCAAACCCAUUGGCCCCGAUGAUCAAGUUCUAGCCAUAAACGAACGUGGCGAGUACGUAUGGCCCACCACCAAGCCGGAUAUCGUGCUGCCAGACACAUCAACCACAACAGUUAUUCAAGUGGUCGGACCCGAUGGAACACCUCUGCCCACAGAUUCAAGUGGAGCCGUGGUUGAUGCGGAAGGAGAAACUAUUCCAACAAACGUUGCCGGACAACCAGUCGAUGCCGAGGGGCAAGUGCUUCCCACCGAUGAUAGUGGUCGAUUUGUCUACAUACCAAUUGCUGAGCCCACGACAACUCAAGAAACGAAGCCAACCGAUGAGCACGGCAAUCAAAUCACUCCCGUGCACCGUCCUGAUGGACAGUUGCUGCCUACCGACUCGACUGGACAUCAUGUAUCCGACAGCGGCGAGGUGAUCACACAAAAUGAUCAAGGCGAGCCAAUUGGAACAGAUGGUGAGGUUCUGCCAACUGAUGCCACCGGAAAGUACAUCUACAUUGAGCCGAGCACCGAGGAGCCAACCGAGGAGCCAACACCACUUACGAUCAUUGUCGGCCCUGAUGGAACACCGCUACCCACUGAUGCAAGUGGAGCGACCGUUGAUGCUCAGGGAGAGCCAAUUCCAACAAAUCUUCAGGGACAACCGGUCGAUGUCGAGGGCCAAGUGCUUUCCACCGAUGAUAGUGGUCGAUUCGUCUAUAUACCAACUGCUGAGCCCACCACUACUACUGAAGCCGCACCAACCGAGCCACCAACGCCAACUGAUCAAUAUGGAAACUCGAUCGCUCCUGUGCACCGCCCCGAUGGACAGUUGCUGCCCACCGACUCCACUGGACACCAUGUAGCUGACAACGGCGAAGUGGUCACGCAAAACGACCAAGGCGAGCCAAUUGGAGCCGAUGGUGAAGUUCUGCCAACUGAUGCCACCGGAAAGUACAUCUACAUUGAGCCGAGCACCGAGGAGCCAACACCAAUCAUCGUUGUUGUGGGUCCUGAUGGAACACCACUGCCUACUGAUGCAAGCGGAAGACACGUUGGACCAGACGGUGAACCCGUGCCAACCAACGCCGAUGGAUUGCCCGUUGAUCCCAGUGGUGAACUUCUGCCGACUGACAGCGAGGGACGACAUGUCUUCAUUGGAACUGCCGAACCCGAAGUGACAAGCAAGGUGUUGCCCACCGAUGAGACGGGUAGAACGCGAAUCCCAGUUGUUUGGCCUGAUGGAACGCCACUCGCUACGGAUUCCACUGGCGAAUACAUCCUUGACGACGGCACUCCAAUUUCACGUGACGACGAGGGCAAGCCUAUUGGAUUUGAUGGAGAGGUUCUGCCAACCGACAACUCCGGUCAAUGGGUGCUUGUUACCCCAGAACCAGAACCCGAAACCACGACAGCUACGAAACAAAUCAUUGUCGUUGUGGGACCAGACCAGACUCCAUUGCCGACGGAUGCAUCAGGAGCUCCGCUUGAUCCAGAGGGACGACCAUUGGUCACCGAUGACGAAGGGCGCCCGCUUUCUCCAGCUGGCGAGGUGCUGCCAACUGAUGGCGAGGGGCGCUAUGUGUUUGUGCCCACUGAGCCAACAGCUCUGCCAACGCAUGAACUGCCGACUGAAAGAACGGCGAUCGUUCGUGAAGAUGAUGGUUCCCUCUUGCCAACAAUCGAAAGCGGUCAAUUCAUCGCCGAUGACGGCUCGAUCAUUAAGGAAAACGAUGAAGGCAAACCCAUUGGCCCCGAUGAUCAAGUUCUAGCCAUAAACGAACGUGGCGAGUACGUAUGGCCCACCACCAAGCCGGAUAUCGUGCUGCCAGACACAUCAACCACAACAGUUAUUCAAGUGGUCGGACCCGAUGGAACACCUCUGCCCACAGAUUCAAGUGGAGCCGUGGUUGAUGCGGAAGGAGAAACUAUUCCAACAAACGUUGCCGGACAACCAGUCGAUGCCGAGGGGCAAGUGCUUCCCACCGAUGAUAGUGGUCGAUUUGUCUACAUACCAAUUGCUGAGCCCACGACAACUCAAGAAACGAAGCCAACCGAUGAGCACGGCAAUCAAAUCACUCCCGUGCACCGUCCUGAUGGACAGUUGCUGCCUACCGACUCGACUGGACAUCAUGUAUCCGACAGCGGCGAGGUGAUCACACAAAAUGAUCAAGGCGAGCCAAUUGGAACAGAUGGUGAGGUUCUGCCAACUGAUGCCACCGGAAAGUACAUCUACAUUGAGCCGAGCACCGAGGAGCCAACCGAGGAGCCAACACCACUUACGAUCAUUGUCGGCCCUGAUGGAACACCGCUACCCACUGAUGCAAGUGGAGCGACCGUUGAUGCUCAGGGAGAGCCAAUUCCAACAAAUCUUCAGGGACAACCGGUCGAUGUCGAGGGCCAAGUGCUUUCCACCGAUGAUAGUGGUCGAUUCGUCUAUAUACCAACUGCUGAGCCCACCACUACUACUGAAGCCGCACCAACCGAGCCACCAACGCCAACUGAUCAAUAUGGAAACUCGAUCGCUCCUGUGCACCGCCCCGAUGGACAGUUGCUGCCCACCGACUCCACUGGACACCAUGUAGCUGACAACGGCGAAGUGGUCACGCAAAACGACCAAGGCGAGCCAAUUGGAGCCGAUGGUGAAGUUCUGCCAACUGAUGCCACCGGAAAGUACAUCUACAUUGAGCCGAGCACCGAGGAGCCAACACCAAUCAUCGUUGUUGUGGGUCCUGAUGGAACACCACUGCCUACUGAUGCAAGCGGAAGACACGUUGGACCAGACGGUGAACCCGUGCCAACCAACGCCGAUGGAUUGCCCGUUGAUCCCAGUGGUGAACUUCUGCCGACUGACAGCGAGGGACGACAUGUCUUCAUUGGAACUGCCGAACCCGAAGUGACAAGCAAGGUGUUGCCCACCGAUGAGACGGGUAGAACGCGAAUCCCAGUUGUUUGGCCUGAUGGAACGCCACUCGCUACGGAUUCCACUGGCGAAUACAUCCUUGACGACGGCACUCCAAUUUCACGUGACGACGAGGGCAAGCCUAUUGGAUUUGAUGGAGAGGUUCUGCCAACCGACAACUCCGGUCAAUGGGUGCUUGUUACCCCAGAACCAGAACCCGAAACCACGACAGCUACGAAACAAAUCAUUGUCGUUGUGGGACCAGACCAGACUCCAUUGCCGACGGAUGCAUCAGGAGCUCCGCUUGAUCCAGAGGGACGACCAUUGGUCACCGAUGACGAAGGGCGCCCGCUUUCUCCAGCUGGCGAGGUGCUGCCAACUGAUGGCGAGGGGCGCUAUGUGUUUGUGCCCACUGAGCCAACAGCUCUGCCAACGCAUGAACUGCCGACUGAAAGAACGGCGAUCGUUCGUGAAGAUGAUGGUUCCCUCUUGCCAACAAUCGAAAGCGGUCAAUUCAUCGCCGAUGACGGCUCGAUCAUUAAGGAAAACGAUGAAGGCAAACCCAUUGGCCCCGAUGAUCAAGUUCUAGCCAUAAACGAACGUGGCGAGUACGUAUGGCCCACCACCAAGCCGGAUAUCGUGCUGCCAGACACAUCAACCACAACAGUUAUUCAAGUGGUCGGACCCGAUGGAACACCUCUGCCCACAGAUUCAAGUGGAGCCGUGGUUGAUGCGGAAGGAGAAACUAUUCCAACAAACGUUGCCGGACAACCAGUCGAUGCCGAGGGGCAAGUGCUUCCCACCGAUGAUAGUGGUCGAUUUGUCUACAUACCAAUUGCUGAGCCCACGACAACUCAAGAAACGAAGCCAACCGAUGAGCACGGCAAUCAAAUCACUCCCGUGCACCGUCCUGAUGGACAGUUGCUGCCUACCGACUCGACUGGACAUCAUGUAUCCGACAGCGGCGAGGUGAUCACACAAAAUGAUCAAGGCGAGCCAAUUGGAACAGAUGGUGAGGUUCUGCCAACUGAUGCCACCGGAAAGUACAUCUACAUUGAGCCGAGCACCGAGGAGCCAACCGAGGAGCCAACACCACUUACGAUCAUUGUCGGCCCUGAUGGAACACCGCUACCCACUGAUGCAAGUGGAGCGACCGUUGAUGCUCAGGGAGAGCCAAUUCCAACAAAUCUUCAGGGACAACCGGUCGAUGUCGAGGGCCAAGUGCUUUCCACCGAUGAUAGUGGUCGAUUCGUCUAUAUACCAACUGCUGAGCCCACCACUACUACUGAAGCCGCACCAACCGAGCCACCAACGCCAACUGAUCAAUAUGGAAACUCGAUCGCUCCUGUGCACCGCCCCGAUGGACAGUUGCUGCCCACCGACUCCACUGGACACCAUGUAGCUGACAACGGCGAAGUGGUCACGCAAAACGACCAAGGCGAGCCAAUUGGAGCCGAUGGUGAAGUUCUGCCAACUGAUGCCACCGGAAAGUACAUCUACAUUGAGCCUGUUCCACUUCGGCCUACACUUGAGGAAUUACUUCAGCCCACCAAGAUGCUCAUUAUUCAAGCAGAUAGGACAGCGCUUCCGACUGAUACUACCGGGGAAUAUCUGGAUCCACGCGGAGGCUUAUUGUUAUAUGAUUCAAACGGGUAUCCACUAGACCGCCAUAAACAACUACUGCCGAGGGAUAAUAUUGGAAGAUAUAUUUAUCCGGUGUAUGGCCCAGAUAACAAUCCACUGCCUACAGACUCGGGCGGUUUACCAAUCUACCCGGUUGUCGGACCUCAGGGCUACCUCCUACCAACUGAUACAGCAGGCAGAACAAUUGCUGAAGGAGGAAAAAUUAUUCCCACCGAUUCAAGCGGAAUUCCUUUGGACUCAAGAGGAUCACCGUUGCCAACCGACAUCUUGAAAUAUCACACUUUGCGACCAACACGACGACCAACAAAUUUCUGCUUUAUCAACUCCCACAUUGAACUGGUUCUGGUGCUGGAUACCUCCAACUACGUGAAGAUUUUGGACUAUCGAGUUAUGAAGGAGCACAUCAAGACUUUCUUGCACGAGCAAUUCAAUCUUCUCACUAAUCAUGUUCGUGUCGGGGUCGUGAAAUAUGGUGAAAGUGUGGACGUGCCGAUUCCAAUCGGCGACUAUUCUGUUGAAGAUGAUUUACUCCAUCAAAUAUCGGAAACUCGUCGUAUGAAGGGUGCCCCUCAUCUGGGUGCCGCUCUUCGAGAAGCCGGCGGCGAUUUCCUGAUUUCGGGCAGUGAAAAUAUCCCCCGAAUUGUCAUCGUGUUCAAAAAUGCGGCCAGCUCUGACGAUGCCAAAGAGCCGGCCAAACAACUCCAAUCGGACCUUGGUGCGCAUCUGUUCAUCGUGGAUGCUGGAGGGUCCGAUAGCUACACUGAGAGCAAAGAACUCGUUUCUGAUCCAUCACAUGUUCUCCAAGUGAAGCAAUGGCGCACAGCCGAGGCAUCAUUUUUGGGACACCUUGCCGACUUGAUCUGUGCAACGGUUCCCAGUGCAAAGAUCGAAGACGAGACCAAAUUGUGGCCAACACGGGUACCACGGCCUUACAAGACAACCGUCAAAGACCGUGAUUGUAGUAAAAUCGAUUUUGAAGCGGAUGUGAUUUUGAUGCUUGACUCUUCGGAAAACUUCCAGCAUGAGCAAUUCAACCAGCUUAAAGAAUCCGCAGCUACGCUUGUGGAUGAGACAUUCGAUUUGUCGCCCGAUCUUGUCAGAGUUGGCUUUGUAGUAUACAGUGACAAAGUUGCUGUACCUGUAGCGCUAGGACAUUAUGAAGACAAGAUCGAACUUAUCGAGAAGAUGUCCGAUGCUGAGAAGAUCAACGAAGCUGGUCAAGCAAUCGCUUUAUACGGGUUUAACGCGGCUAAAGAGCAAUUUGAUCUCCACGGCAGAAAGAACGCCACAAGAAUCGUCGUCAUGCUUACAUCCGGGCAAAAUCGCGGUAACGCAGCUGGAGCUGCUCAAGAUCUCCGCGAAAUUUAUGGAGUUCAACUAUUCGUUGUCACUAUUGGCGCUAAUGCAGAUAACUUGCAAUCGAUGAAGAGAGUUGUUGGAGAUUUCCCUGAACGGCUUUUCCAAGUGACGUCGGUGGAUGCAUUGGAUGAUCAAGUUACCGAGCUUGGUCGUCAUCUUUGUGGCUACACAACACCGCCAAUCCCCAAGCCCACCGAGAUCUAUCGUCACACAACAAAGCGAGAUGUUGAAGGAGUAACCACCUCUGGACAUCGUACCACCAGAGCAAUUCACACCCCACAACCCCUAUGUGCAGAUGGAAUUCGAAGACCGUACCAACUCUCACUUGUCGUUGACAUCACCGGUCGAUCAAAUGAGAGCGAUUUCAACGCUGUCCUUGCUCAUCUAGCCUCUUUCCUUCAAGAGAGCUUUGCUUUAACACCGGAUAUGAUGGCAAUCAAUCUCGUCACUGUGAACAGUCAGGAAGUCUUUGCAAAGAAACCAGCAAUCAAUCUCAACGAUAUUGACACCGAACUGGCAAACAUUCAUCAACAUUCCGAUGACACACUUUCGGCAAAACUGGGCGAAGGGGUUGAAGAGGUGAUCAAAUUGGCAAACAAGAACUACGUGAAAGGAGUGUUCCGCGUUUUGUUGGUUGUCAGCGCUGAUGGAACAUCGAGUGAUGAGCCGAUGCCAGCGAUUGAAACAGCUCGAGAACAAUCUGAUCAUCAUGUGGUCACGAUUUCGAUUCGCAAGCCCGCCAAUCAACUUUUGGCUCAAAUUGCUGAUGACAAGCCAACAAGAGUGAUUCACCUUUCAAAUUGGGAGUCACACGAGCUCUUCACUUCGUGGUUGUCAUACUCGAUCUGUGAUGCGGUUACAUCGUCCACCACCAAGCGACCCACCACCACCACUCCUCGCUUCACCACGACUUCUAUUCGAAAGACAACGGUGACAGCAAAACCUCCAACUCAAACGGAGCCAACGAAUGUCGAGGUGACGGCUUUGACGCCAACCUCUGUGUCCGUCUCGUGGACUUGUUGCACUAACAACAAGGCUAACUACUCAAUCCUGUUCACGAGUGAUCAAGAAUCACCCAAAGAAAAAUGGGAUCGGAUUCCAGCCAGAUGCCGUGACAGCUUUGGUCUUGUGAUUGCAAAUCUUAAAACCGAGACCGAAUACAAAGUUUGUGUGGUGGCGAUGACGAUAAAGGACUCCUUGAACUCAACCGCUUUAGAGCUCGAUGAAAACUGCCAAGUGAUCACACUCAAUAAAGACACGAGUCCUCCUCCAGAAUAUAUAUCGAUGGAUGUGGUGAAGCCAUGUAAUUGCAUCUGCCGAGGAGGAGAAGCGGUGAUCACCCCCUCGUGCGGAAUUCCGCUUGACGCAACUCGUCCCAUCUCCACCCUUCCACCAGCACAAGAAGGAGAAUGCAACUGCAAGCUUCAACCACACGCUGGACGAUGCCCAGCCGGAUAUGCUCUCAGCAAUGCACAAUGCUAUGACAUUGACGAGUGUCGAAACUCGAAUGGAGGCUGUUCCCAUGGCUGCGUGAACACUCCUGGCUCGUACUAUUGCGCGUGUCCACAUGGAAUGCUCCGUGAUCCGAUGAAUCCCAACAACUGCAUUAGCGCUGCUAGUUCAUUUGAUCGAGUUGCUCAACUUCUUGGGCAAUACCUUCAUGCGAACAGUGAAGGACUACAAGGAGAAAAGCCCGGCCGAUUCAAGGCAACAAUUGAGUCAAAAGACGAGAAAACGAUUUCUUUCGAGUGGUCAUCAGUGCCGGCCGCAGUGCGGAAAGCGCUAAAAUGGCUCAUC